GCGACGGACCUGGGGAGGGGGAGACGCUCUGUCUGGCUGGCGCCACUCGGGCUGGGCUCACCCUUUUAGGUGACAUACCGGCUCUGAAGUGGACGUGUUCCCCCGGUCCUUCGCCGUGUUUGGGACCCAGACCUCCCUCUCCCCAGAGAAUCUUGACACAGUUUAUUUUCGGUCGGGGUGGAGGGCCCGGGUGACUUCCUUUUUUAAAGAACGGAAACCUGCCGGCACGGUUUCUAGGGAGGAGUAUCUGCUCCUCCUCGCCCCUUGUCCGCCCUGCGGCUGGCUAGAACUCCCUCACGUCCCCGUCUGUGGACUCUGAGACAUGAGGCCACUUCCAGGAGGGCCUUUUAGGCUUAUGAUGCUUUGUGGGAAAUUUCAGUGGAGAUGUCAGUAUUUUGGCACAGAUGUCCAAGAAGUGACAGUGCUGGAGGGAUUUAACUCUACUUGUCUGGCACAGAUCUGCGGCUCCUAAGAUUGCCAGUAGAUCAUUUAAAGCAUGGUUUAUAAAGAAAGUCAAAUCUCAAGGGUAUCCUGCAAGAUGACUUAAAAAGUCUUAACUCAGAGAUGACUGAUUGAAACAGUGUGGGAAGGAAGAACAAUAUAUAAAGAAGAAGAAACAGGACUUGCCUCAGCAAGCAAAAGAAACACUGAACAAAGGAGAGGAAACCAACAAAGAUAAUUAUAGAAGCACUGAAUGCAGCAAAACAAGAACAAUGGAUCUCAAGUUCAACCACUCCAGGAAAUAUAUUUCUAUCACUGUCCCUCCCAAAACACAGACAAUGUCACCACACAUCAAGUCAAUAGAUGACAUCGUAGUACUUGGCAUAAAUCUCAGCAGAUUUAACAAACUUACUCAGUUUUUCAUAUGUGUUGCUGGAGUUUUUGUAUUUUACCUAAUUUAUGGAUAUUUGCAGGAAUUAAUAUUUUCAAUGGAGGGUUUUAAGUCCUAUGGCUGGUACCUUACUUUAGUACAGUUUGCAUUUUACUCCAUAUUUGGCCUAAUAGAACUUCAGCUUAUUCAGGACAAAAGGAGAAGAAUACCAGGAAAAACCUACAUGAUAAUAGCUUUUCUAACUGUGGGUACUAUGGGGUUAUCAAAUACUUCCUUGGGCUACCUGAAUUAUCCUACCCAAGUCAUCUUCAAGUGCUGCAAAUUGAUUCCUGUUAUGCUAGGAGGAGUUUUUAUUCAAGGGAAGCGUUAUAACAUUGCAGAUGUGUCAGCUGCAGUGUGUAUGAGCCUUGGUCUGAUAUGGUUCACCCUAGCUGACAGCACGAUUGCACCAAAUUUCAACCUGACAGGUGUGAUCCUUAUUUCCCUGGCACUGUGUGCAGAUGCUGUCAUUGGAAAUGUUCAAGAGAAAGCUAUGAAACUGCAUAAUGCUUCUAAUUCGGAAAUGGUUUUAUAUUCGUAUUCAAUCGGUUUUGUGUACAUUUUAUUGGGAUUGACAUGCACUAGUGGAUUAGGCCCUGCAGUAACAUUUUGUUCAAAGAAUCCAAUUCAGACUUACGGUUAUGCUUUCCUUUUUUCCCUCACUGGGUAUUUUGGAAUCUCCUUUGUUCUGGCUCUGAUUAAAAUUUUCGGUGCACUUCUUGCUGUAACAGUGACAACAGGAAGAAAAGCCAUGACCAUUGUACUUUCAUUUAUGUUCUUUGCUAAACCAUUCACGUUUCAGUACGUGUGGUCUGGUUUGUUAGUUGUCCUUGGUAUAUUUCUCAAUGUUUACAGCAAAAAUAUGGAUAAAAUAAGGCUACCAUCACUAUAUGAUCUGAUAAACAAAACAGUGGAAAUGAGAAAGUCUAGGACGUUGGCACAAACUGUAUAGGCAGUGAUUCCUCCUGCUUAACGUAGAAUUCUAAGGGAACAAUCAUCAAAUAAUUAAUUUUCCAAAGGGAUUAUUAUAAAAACCAAAGGAGCUGAAAGGCAUGCUAUCCAUUUGUGGAUGGGUCACCUAUGAAGUCAGCCUCUUCCGCAGAUCACUUGUUUAACUUCUGAAGCAAUUAAGAGAGCCACAUCGGCCACACCUUAGAACACACUGUCAGUGAAGGACUAAUUCUUAGCAGUCUGUUGAGAAUUUCACUGGAAAAUGGACCGUGUUGCAAAACUAACUGGAUAUCAUGAUGACUUUUCAAAGAAAUUGAUAUAAUAAUAUCAAUUAAUCGAUUGUUUGGUCUUCAUUCAUUUUGGUGGUGUUAUUUAAAUGAUUCUCUGUUAUAAGAGUGAACAUAGGAUUUAAAGUCUAGAAAGAAUAACUUCAUUAUAAAUAAAAAUUAUUCUGUGAUUUUUUUAAUAAAUGCGUUGUUAGAAUUUUGUUACGAAGAGGGAAGUGAAGGUUGCAGGAAGGCUUUACAUAAACUUCAAACCUUAGGCUUUUCUCUGAUCAUUUAAAAGUAUUCUUUAGAGAAAACAUGCCUUAAGUUUUCUGUGGACUAUAGACAGUAUAACAGAAGGAGUCACCACCCUGCAUCCUCUAAGUAUGUAUCACAAGAAAAACUUGCUACUAUCCAUCAAAGAAGUGCUAUAAGAUUUAAUGAUGUGGAUUUUUUAAAUAAAGAGAAAAUAACUCAUGUCUUAAAUUAUAAUAAAAUAAUAAAAUUGUCAUAGUUUUUCUCAUAAAACAAAUUUGACAGCUUGAAGACUAAAUAGGGUAAAUAUAAGAAACACAAGUGGAUUUAUACCUAUGUUGUUUGCACAGUUUUGAUUCAAAACUCAUAAAACUUUUAGCCCUUACGUUUUUAGCAGUGAGUUUUGGAAUUGCUUCCAGUGUAUUAAAAAAAUUCUAUCUUCAUUUUCAGUGUAAGUAAUGCUAGUUAAAACAGCUUAGUUUCUGCGUUGUUGGUGAUACCACUUAUAUUUUGUGAGUUAUUUAAUAUACUUGGAAUAUUUAAUCUCAUUCUUAAAAUUCCAUUGUAUUCUGAUGGUGACCUUAACUAGUAGGUGCAUAUGUGGGUACAACAGAGCCUAUAAUAAUUUAAGGGUCUAGCGUAAGGAAUUCUGACUGAUUUUCAUUUGUCAUGUAUUAAAAUACUGUGGGGGUAUUUUUCCCCAAGUGGUGAUCAUUUUUAAGUUUUCGUAUUUUAAAAUGAAAAGGAUCUUAGUUGGUACUUCAUUAUGCUUUCUUAAACUCUUAAGACGGCAAGGAUUUGUGCUUUAAAAAUAAUUUUCCCAAUUCUUGAUAAAAGAUUGUAAUUUUAACUUUGCAAGGCAUCCUUUUAUGCCCACACUUUUCUAAUUUUUUGCCUUUGCCUAUUAAGAAUUCUUCCCACCGCCCACUUUUAAAAAAAUUGGUUUGCCCGCCUAACCCUUUAUACUCCCAUUUCCUUUUUUUUUUUUUUUUAACCUGCCAUCAAAUGAGGGCAAACCUCAUCUCACUUAUUUGUGUCCAUGGAGUACUCUUCUUAAUGAAUAGUGUGAAACCCAGUAAUUUCUAUAGUAAAGGAAAUCAACAUUUGA